UCUGAGAACUAAAUGCCAACAAGAGACGCCAAACAUGCGUCCGAGGUAUGUGACGUAGCAGACGCCAAGCGAUGACGUUUUAAUCAUGCGCCGGAACGGUUGGCUUGGCAACGACAUGACCACAGUCAGAACACGAGCGAGAUGUGGUGAAGCGGUUUCCUUCAGAGAAGACGCCUCAAGGUUUCCUUGACGACCAUUUUUGAAGAUGUUAGAUUCUGCGAUGGCUUCUCUGGGCGCUAAGGUUGUGGCGACUACCUCCAGCGACGAGAAUCAUCCUCCUGAAAACAUUAUUGACGGGAACAGCAAAACGUUUUGGAUGUCCACCGGGCUUUUUCCGCAAGAGAUCAUCAUUCGUUUGGCCGAACCGACUAAUACGUCCAAGGUGACAGUGGACAGUUACAACGUGAGACAUCUCAAAGUAGAAACCAAUGCUUCGCAAAAUGCAUCUAACUUUAAGUUUGCUGGCGAGAAAGAGUUUGAUCAGACGGAAGGACACCUCCAGUCAAACACUAUUACAAUAAGUGGAACCAAUGCCACCCACCUCCGCUUCAUCAUCACUUCAGGAUAUGACCACUUUGUCUCAGUGCACAGUGUCAACAUACAGAUUUGAAACCUGGUGGAGCUAUAAUGGGAGGUUAUGUGCUUAUUAUCAAGUGGGACCGACUCACUCACCAGGAACUUUUUGGGGACCUGUUCUUUUGAAACCUGCUGAAGGGGGAAACGGAAUGGACCCAAUGAGCUCACUCACUUUCAUGUGAAUUCUGUGACACUUGUGUUGUAUGGAAUCUCCAUCUGACGUCCUCGCUACUUUGGUUCGUCCAAACAUCAACGCACAGACACAUCUGUGUGGAAGUGGUUUUAACGUGUCGUCUAGACAAAAAUAAAAGUGUUUUUUAAAAACACACUGUAAUUGACGUUUACUUUGGACUCAUUGAGUUGAGGUAACAUAUUGUGUGCAUGUGUGGAGCUCAAGCUCCAUCUAUUGCUGCCUCUAAAUGGAUUUCAACAGAAAGGCAGUGCAAGGCACAUUUUAAUUUAGAUACAUUGAUGGUCACAAUUUGAUCUUUGCAUUGUAUCAGUAGUAGUAGAGGUGGGUAAUUACAUUUCCUAAAGGGCCACAUGAUAAAAUGUGACAGUAUCAUACUUAAGUAACAAUGACAAAAUGGACCUUAAGCAUGAAAUGCAAGUGAGGAUAUUAAGAAGUGAAACUGAUAAGACAUUUCAUUUUAGCAGACAUUAAAGAAGGAUAAAAAAAAACAAUUUAUUUGAAAGUACAUUUUAUAUUUUUCUUUCAAUAUAUUUUGAGGAACAAGAAAUGCAAACAAAAUAGCAAAAAGAAGAAAAAGGAUUUUUUAUAGUUAUAUUUACUCUUGAAAUAGUUGAAAAAGAAAUGGGGCCAGAAAAACUGAUACAUGACAGUGGUAGCUUUAGUCUCCCCUCAAGCGGGGUGUGAUAAUACAAAGGGCCGCAUCUGGCCCCCGAGCCGCAAUUUGCCCAGGUUUUUUUUUUUUUUUUAGACUAACAAUGGACUCUGCUUCUGCAGCGUUAUAAGAGCAUACUUUUAUAGAAAUGGCUGUUGAGUGGUUGAUAUAGUCUUUGUUUAUGGCAGUUAUGAUGAGGAUUACCAAGUGGAGCUAAAACUGAACUUGUAUUUCUAACUGUGACUGCAUUUGUUGGCUGAUGUACCCUCUACCAGACCCCCCCCCAGCAGUCUUCCCGGCCAACCUUGUUCCGACGCAGCUGCAAUUCUAUUUCCCUAUUGAACAAUUAUUCAGUGCAAUUUUCAGUACAGAAAUAAUCCUGUUAUAUUAUUGCAGAAAUUAAUUUUGCCAAUUACAGAUGAAUCAAACUUAAAAGAGCUCAAGAGAUGGUUUGUGAACAAACACGUCUUGUUAUUGUGCCAAAUGUCCAGCUGCUCAUUGCAGCACCUCGCAUUUGCGAAAACAAAAUAUUGGAUUAAAUAAAUGCAUUGGAUUGUGAUGAAUCACACAUUUACUUCAAAUGAAUUUGUCUUCUUCUCGCUGGGCGAUAAAGUUAAUUAACAAAUUUUAAGCAGCGGGAGCUUGAGUUGGCGCCAGUUCAGCCCCCAACUUACCAUGUGCAAAAUUGGACAUCCCUGUAGAAAUAGGGGAGCCACGGGUAACACCACUGGGGGGGCUGGGGAACCAGAUGGUCUCCCAGCCAACCACCAAGUCUCUAAAGACCUCCGACCAAAUCGCACAAAGGAUUGGAACCACCUCCUCUACUUGCACAUGUAUAGAUACACACACACGCACACACAAACAGAUACUGACUCCUAUCUACCUUCAUUGCCAUGUCAACCUUUCGGGAAAAAAGGGUUCAGCAGUAUGCGAGGACCCUGUGGGGCUCCCUCCCCAAUUACUUUGCUGACUGCAGAGGAGCUCGGGGAUUUG